UCAGUUCCUCCAAUGUGGUUCCUAUAGUUCCUUCAGGAACUGCUGGGAAAUGAAGAUACUAUUAGAAUUAUGCAGAUGGAUAAUUCCAGGGUAAGAAAUGCCAAACUCUUGGUGCUCUCUCUUAAUGUGUUUUUAUGAACCUUUUUAUCAACUGUUUGUUUGUGAGCAUGGAAAAAAAUUCUGCCCAUCCUCGUUUUUGAAUGGAGUCAUGAACUUCCCCUAUGUAUUUUCGAUUAUCCUGUUGAUGGAAAUAAAAGCUUAAAUCAGGCAGUAUUUAAUAUGCUUACAACAUUUGAAAAUGAACUAUUCAAAGAAUGAUAGAGAGAUGAGGAAAAUAUAUGCAAUACAUAUUCACAAAUAGCUUUGUUUUGACAUUUAUCUUGCUGCAUUCAUUCUGCCAACUGGCUGCAGGCAUGGCUACCAAAAGAAUGAACACAUGUUGCAUUCAUUAGUUCUCAUCUGGCUGUGCUUCAUCUUGCAAGGCAGACAAAAUCACAAUCGUACUAAAUAGAUUGUAAUGCAUUUGUAAUAUGAGGUCUCUUCCACUUAACAGAAUGAUACAGUUGCAAAGCUCCUGCUCUUAAAUCCCUGGUACUUUGCUUCAUUUUAAUGAAAUGCAUACAAGUAUACUGUGAGUGACGUCAUUGCUUUUUUGCCUUGAAAGAUGUCAUAGGAAAAAUAUUCCAAUAUAAUACUAAACAAAUAGCCACCCUGUUGCCCUCCCCUCUGUGUGAACUUUUCAUUUCAUAUUGUGCUUCUACUGCUGUUAGAUUGGUUUUCUUUGACACAAAUAGACAUUCUUUGGAACAAUAAUCGUUUCUUUGGAUUGACCAAAUACAAAAAUCCUCAUCAUUAGCUAUCUGCAGUGCUUCUUAUUGUUCAGACUUAUUGCAAAUAGACUGCUGUUGUCUUGUUGUAGCUACCAUCACGAUUUUAAAGCUAUGUUUAAUGUUCUCUGUGAAUAUGUUGCAGUGUUGUCUCUCUGGAAGAGACAUGGCAGGGUAUAUCUGUGUGACAGCCUAAUUGUUUUAGUUUUAAAUGGAGAGCUCUGCAAGACCCUGUGUGUGUAUGUAAACAAUGCCCAUUUUCUGACUUUCAAGCAGGUUGAAGAGCAGCUGGUAAAUUCUGCUUUCCUUAAGGGGGGGGGGAAGGGCAAGACAGUCGUAAUGUUGGGAUCGCUGAUGGAUAGCUAGCGCACGGUGAAGUAUUUCUGCGCCGCAUGCACUCCUAAGUGCCUUUAUUGGUGUGUUUCUGACGUCGGAGGGCUAGCCACUCCCUGCGGCAGCCUGGGAUUUUUGUCCCCAUCCCACCCCCUCCAGCCUCUGGCCGGGGCUGCAGGCAGAGGGGCCAAGCUGGGGGCCAGCAAUGGAGGGCAGCUUGCCCUGCCUGGCGGCCGGCUGUGAUCCCGCGGCACUGGGGAGCUUCUGCACGGAUGACAGCAUCUCAGCUGCAAGCACAUCUGAUGUCCAAGACCGACUUUCAGCCUUAGAGCUGAGAGUACAACAACAAGAAGAUGAAAUCACUGUCCUAAAAGCAGCAUUGGCUGAUGUGCUAAGGCGCCUUGCUAUCUCUGAAGACCAUGUAGCUUCUGUGAGAAAAUCAGCUCCAAGUAAAGGUCAGCCAAGCCUCCGAGAAGCUAUCUCGAUGUCCUGUAUAACCAAUGGGAGUACAGGAAGCAGGAAAACAAGCCACAGUUCCUCUGUAUCUGUUGCCAGAAAAGAAACUUUUUCAUCUGCUGCAAAAAGCGGUACAGAAAAAAAGAAGGAAAAACCUCCUGGACAGAAAGAAAAAAAAGAGGAAUCUCAUUCUAAUGAUCAAAGUCCACAAACUCAAGCAUCACCUUCUCCCCAGCCGCCCUCACAGACUCUCCAAACACACAGGCAAACUUCAGAAAGCAAGAGUUCUGCUCCAACUAAAAGCAUAAAGAGAUCGUUGACUGCUGAAAAACCUCACAGUGCUUGGGAGAGCUCGGAUGACAAUCGUAACAAGCUACUGAGAGUAGCAUCAACAUCUAAAUUAAUAUCGAAAGUGGCAAAGAAUGCAGACAAGCACAAAGAUGUCAUCAUCAGCCAAGCAAAAAUGUCAACUCGUGAAAAAAACAGCCAAGAGGGAGAAUAUAUCAAGAUGUUCAUGCGGGGUCGACCAAUCACAAUGUUCAUUCCUUCUGAUGUAGAAAACUAUGAUGAUAUUAGGACUGAGCUGCCUCCUGAAAAAUUAAAACUGGAGUGGGUAUAUGGGUAUCGUGGAAGAGAUUGUAGAGCCAAUGUUUACCUCCUUCCUACCGGAGAAAUUGUAUAUUUCAUAGCAUCAGUUGUGGUACUAUUUAAUUAUGAAGAGAGAACUCAACGACACUACCUGGGUCAUACGGACUGCGUUAAAUGUCUUGCAGUUCAUCCAGACAAAAUUAGAAUUGCAACAGGACAGUUAGCUGGAGUGGAUAAAGAUGGAAGGCCCUUGCAGCCCCAUGUUAGAGUGUGGGACUCAGUGAGCCUGGUGACACUGCAGGUUAUCGGCCUGGGGACUUUCGAGCGUGGAGUUGGGUGCUUGGAUUUUUCAAAAGCGGAUUCUGGUACUCAUUUGUGUGUAAUUGAUGACUCUAAUGAACAUAUGCUCACUGUAUGGGAUUGGCAGAAAAAAUCAAAAGUAGCAGAAAUAAAGACUACAAAUGAAGUUGUGCUUGCUGUAGAAUUCCAUCCAACUGAUGCAAAUACCAUAAUAACAUGUGGCAAAUCUCAUAUAUUUUUUUGGACUUGGAGUGGCAAUUCAUUAUCAAGGAAGCAAGGGAUAUUUGGGAAAUAUGAAAAGCCCAAAUUUGUUCAGUGUUUGGCUUUUUUGGGAAAUGGUGAUGUGCUCACUGGAGACUCAGGUGGGAUAAUACUUAUAUGGGGCAAAACUACUGUAGAAUCUACUCCAGGAAAAGGACCUAAAGGAGUAUAUCAGAUAAGCAGACAAAUCAAAGCUCAUGAUGGCAGCGUAUUUACCCUCUGUCAAAUGAGGAACGGGAUGCUGCUAACAGGAGGUGGGAAAGACAGAAAGAUCAUUCUGUGGGAUCAUGACUUGAAUCCCGAAAGGGAAAUUGAGGUUCCUGAUCAGUAUGGAACAAUAAGAGCAGUAGCAGAAGGAAAAGCAGAUCAAUUUUUAGUGGGUACUUCACGAAAUUUUGUUUUACGUGGAACAUUUAAUGAUGGUUUCCUAGUAGAAGUACAGGGACAUACAGACGAACUCUGGGGACUGGCGUCACAUCCUUUCAAAGACUUAUUUUUAACUUGUGCUCAAGAUAGGCAAGUUUGUAUGUGGAACUCUGUGGACCACACACUGGAAUGGACCAGGCUGCUAGAUGAACCAGGGCACUGUGCUGACUUCCAUCCCAGCGGAGCGGUGGUUGCGAUAGGAACGCACUCAGGACGGUGGUUUGUUCUGGAUGCAGAAACAAGGGAUCUGGUCUCAAUACACACUGAUGGCAACGAGCAGCUCUCAGUGAUGCGCUAUUCAGUAGAUGGCACCUUACUUGCAGUUGGAUCCCAUGACAACUUUAUUUACCUCUACAUAGUAACAGAAAAUGGAAGAAAGUAUAGCAGACAUGGAAAAUGCACUGGACAUUCCAGCUAUAUUACACACCUUGAUUGGUCCCCAGACAACAAGCAUAUUAUGUCAAACUCAGGAGACUAUGAAAUACUAUACUGGGACAUUCCAAGUGGCUGCAAGUUGAUCAGGAAUCGUUCUGACUGUAAGGAUAUAGAUUGGACAACAUACACUUGUGUGCUAGGCUUUCAAGUGUUUGGAGUAUGGCCUGAAGGAUCAGAUGGGACAGACAUAAAUGCUCUUGUCAGAUCCCAUAAUCGAAAAGUGAUAGCAGUUGCUGAUGAUUUUUGUAAGGUCCAUCUCUUUCAGUAUCCCUGUUCCAAGCCAAAGGCUCCGAGUCACAAAUACAGUGCUCACAGUAGUCAUGUGACAAACGUCAGCUUUACCCAUAGCGAUAGUCACUUGAUCUCAACUGGAGGGAAAGACAUGAGUAUUAUCCAAUGGAAACUUGUGGAGAAGGUAACUCUACCACAAAAUGACAUUGUUGUAGACAUCGGUGCAACCAAAGUGCCCAUCCCUGCCAGUGAGAAUGCUGUACAGUCUUCUGCUCCCCUCCCGCAGCCUUUUAACGAAAUGAACCAAACUGAAAGUGUAACUGGCAGCUCUCCGGCUUCCCUGGAGAGCAACUUGGAGCAGUCUGCGGAGGCCAGUGAAGAGCAGAGUGAGGAGCAAAGUGAUGGGAGCAGCCUGGACCCCGCCGAGCCAGGCUAUGAGGAGCCCUCCAACGAGACGAGUGAGGAGCACAGCGAGUCCACGGUCACUGAGGAGCAGCAGGAAAACUCGCCAGAGUCAUAAUGCUCCCAGCUCAGAUGGUUGUUAUUUUCUCUUGGUGUGCGUGCUUUCAUUACAGGGUGAGGGUUCAAAUAGGCAAAAGUAGCUGAGAUUCAUGACCACUCCAGCUUUUUGAGUUUUGGUGAAAUUUUUAGUCUGAGCUUCAGUUCAAUAUGUGGAACCAUCCCAAGGGCCUGGCUUCGAUGGUUUGUAUCAAGAUCUGGUCAAAGUUAGUAGUGGACAUUAUCAUAGAUCCAUUGUAGUUCUGAAAUUGCUGUUAGGAAGUGGCAUGAAAUAUAUACUGGAAAAAAAGGUUAGCUCUAAGAAUUAGCUGAGAUAGACCACCUUACCUAUGUGAAAGGGCUUUCUGAAAGAGCUAAGCUGAUGGGAAGCACUGAGCAAUUCCAGCUGAGGAGUUACCGUGCUGCUUUUUCUAGGUGCGAAGACAAACAAAAACCAAAAAUCUCUUGGUAGGGCUGUUUUCCUUUGUUUUUUCUUAAUGAGAAAAAUAGAGGAAAAACAAUGUAAUGAUGCCACGUGUAUGGCAAUGCCUUCUUGAUCUAACACAUAUGCAAUUUUCUAACACUACUAAUUCCUAGUGGAGUCUGGACAUGCUCACAGUUGGUCUGCCCUGGGUGCUGCUCGUUCUAAGGCAAAUCCUAUCGAGGAAUGGUGUCAGCUGUUCCAUUUUUAUAGGCUACUUAAUAACAGACUAACCAAAUACUGGUGUGUUUCACUUUUCAUGACCUGAAAGUUGAUUAAAACAGUAGGAUCCAAUUGUCUCUUCAAAGAAUUGCUUGCCUAGAGAGUCUUUACAGUGACUUCGAUGUGAAUGGCAGAGAAUGCGCGACAAGAACACAAGUCAGAUGGGCUCCAGAGUUAAGCUUUAAGCCUUCAAGCAGAACUUGCUCCAUCCGUAGUAGGAGAAAAAUACAGUUAACUUAAAUUAUUAAAUUGGUGCUUGGGAUUAGUAUAUUAAGUUGGUAAUUUUUUUCUUAAUUUUUUAGAGGUAACUCUUGGAAUCAUUAAACUGCAAUCUUUCUUUUCUUUUUUUUUUUUUAACUCCAGUUCCUUUCGCAGUGGUGAUAGAAGCAUACAGCAAUUUAGAUGAUGUGAUUUUUUUGUUGUUGUUUUUGUUUUCAGACUUGCUGAUAUAUUUUUGUGACUUUGUUUUUUCCCAUCCCUACUUCCCCACCACCUCUCUCUCCCCAGGUUGCUCUACGCCAUGCAGCUCUCAUGUGGCUAUACCUGGCCAGUUACGGGAUAUCUUGGCAUUUGUUAUGCAUUUGGAAAGUAAUUUUUUUUUUAAUGAAGUUUGUCAGAUAGCUACAAUUUUUUCUUAAGUGCAUACGUUUCCUACUUUAAAAAGAUAUAGUUUUACUGACAGAUAUCCAUUUCCUAUGUACUUGUUUAUAUUUUGAUUACAUAGAAUUUUCUUUUUUAACUUGCUGCAUUGUGCUGGUAUUUUAGUUCUUAGUUAGAAUAUCAUGUUUAGAUACUUUGGAUGAGUUCAUAAGUCUUAAUUGUGCAAGCGUUUACGUGAUUGUGCCAUUCCAAAGUGCAUCAAAACUGUCAUUCCCUUACUAGUAUCUUCUCAGGAGAAAUGCUACAGAUCAGGUAUUUAGUCAUCAUUUGGAAAGAUAAAAAAAUAAAUGGACUCCCAAAGGACAUUUAGAACAUUUAUAUAUAAAAUAUAUAAAUAUAUAUAUACACACAUAUAUAUAUAUUAAAAAAUAUAUCCUCUUGUUUACAACAGUUCCAGAAAACCUCAAAGUAGUUCCCUUCGGAUGGAGGGAGAAAUGGAUUCCAAGCAACCCAUCUGUUUAAACUGUGCUCUGUACAUAGUGUUUUACUGGAGAGCUCUAGUUUGCCUGACUUGCAGAUUUGCCAAAUAGCAGCAAUGGAAGAUAAAGAUCAGCUUAUCAGACUGUAUGGUUCCAAAGGAGGAGUAUGCCAUAGGUUUAGAAAAUAAUCCUAGUAAAGGAAAAAGGAUUUUAGAGCUAAUGAGGCACAGAGCUCUCUGUCAUUUUUAUGAACUCCACGUAAGCAACACAUUUCAUUUGGAACAUCUGUCACCUGGGGUUGCCAUGUAAAGUGAGAGUUAUAUAGUUGUGAUAUUCUUGUGUUUGUAGUUCAGAAGACUCUACUAAUAUGCAAAAAGCCUUACAGCUUUCAAUUGCUGGCAACUACUGUUUAACAAAUAAUUAAAUCUGUGAUAAUGGAUGGAAAUGGGUGGGAUUAUGUAACAGUAGAUGUUUUAGAAAAAUAAUUGUGAAUGAAUUAAGAGUGUUUCAUGUGAAGAUGUUUGAGCCAUUUCUAUCUAUCAUGCAUUCCUGUCUGAAGGCAGAAAAUUUUGAAGAUUAAAAAAAAAAUAAAGCAAUCAAAAGAA